CACGUGCUUAUAAUAUAUUACAAUUUUGUGAUAUGGGAAUUAUUUUAAACAAUUUUCUUACACUAUGUGGAAAAUUGAUUGUAGAGGAUAGAAUUGCGCAGAAUUGUAUAGCCAAGUAGCAAACCAUUAAUCUAAUUUUUUAAUUUUUAUUAAUUGAAUUCUGUUGGAUUGAGUAAUCAUGGCAAAGUUUAGAAAAAAACUGAAGUCUAAAGGUAAACGAUGGGUAAAAGGACAAAGCUCAGUCACCAAUCCAGAUUCAAAAAAAUAUCGUUCUCAAGCUCAAAUGAAUUUUUGCAAGCCAAUAUUUGGAACUAUUCGAAAUGAAGGAAAAAGUUUGUUAACUCAAAAUAAGUUGAAGGAGCAUGAUAAUAUUACGAACAGUUAUGAUUUCAACAAAUCUAAACCAGAUGAUGUUAUGUCUCAUACUUCUGCGUCGACUUACAAAACAUUUGAGACAUUUGCUUCUGACUGGAGCUCGUGUACCAAUCCAUCUUUUAAUAGGUUACUAAAAAAUUUUAGUUCAAACUCUUAUUUACAUAAAGAAAUGUUAGCCAUACUUGCAGCAUUAACUGAAGUGAUUAAGGCUAAUGGUGGCAAAGAAACUUCCACUGAGUAUUUUGCAGCACUUAUUACUACUUUACAAACAACCUUAAGUAAUGGACAGGAUGAUUGUGAAGAUAGUGUUACAGCUAUGGUUUCAUUAUUAAGUAUGGGUAUGAAAUGUGUUCCCAAAGAGGUUCUUUGCACUAAAUUUGGACCAACUACUCAAACUUUAUUAACAACACUAGCAAAGUUUGCUGAAUCUGAUAAUAAUAAUUUAUUAAAAUCGGUAUUUAGUUGUUUAUCUUUGUUGCUUCGUAUACAAGAAAAAAUUGUUUGGUCACAUAGUUCUACAGUACAAGUAUAUGAUGCAAUUUUAAAUUUUAUUAUACAUUCAAAACCUAAGAUUCGCAAAGCUGCUCAACAUGCAGUGUGUGCUAUAUUAAAAUCUAACAAAGAGGUAAUGCAUCCUAUGUCAGGUUAUACUGCUACAUAUUGUACUAAAGUGUUAACAUCGGGCACAACAGCUAGUAACACAACAACCAUUCUUCAUGUUUUAACUUUAUUAAAGGAAUUGAUGCCCAUUUUUCCUAAAAAAGAACUCAAACCGCUUUGUGAAGAAGUCUUAAAGUUGAUGACUUUAAACCAUCCAUUAUUGCUUUCGUGUGGCUUUCAAGUAUUCCAUGGAUUAUUUGUUUCUUACCCAUCAUCAGAACUUGUUCUUUCAUCUACACUAAAUGCCAAGUUGUUAAUGGCUCUUUUUGAUUAUCGUCCUACACCAAUGGAUACACAACCUACUUUAGCUUGGUUAGCUGUCCAACAAGAAGCAUACAUUUGUUUAUCAAAGAGUGACUUAUUAUUAUGCAUCUCCCACCUAAAAAGAAUAUUUAAAGUAUGCAUUGAACUUUGGGUUAAUGGCAAUUCAGAAUUAUUAAAAGCAUCUGGCUCUACAUUACGUAUUCUUAUUGAAGAGUGUAUUGGACACGCUACUGAUUCAACUUAUCAUCAAAGUGUUUCUGUUCUAUUCAAUUUAGUAACUCAGUGUUUAUCAUAUCAGUAUAAAAAUGCUUGUCCUCAAGUUUUACAUACAUUGUCUACAUUUUUCAAGUUUUAUGGAAAAUGUGCCCCUAGUAUAUUCUUAGAAUGUAUCAAAUCAUUGGGGCAGCUUAGAGAUUCCAAUGAAAUUACAUUUGUUAAUGAAUUAGAAAUGACAAUUGGAGCUGGUAUCAAGUAUAUUGGGCCUGAAUAUAUUAUCUCAGAUAAUGUUAUUCCAUUAAAAGUGGAUGAUGUAGGAGAAUUUAAGCGUAGUUGGUUAUUACCCGUUUUAAAAGAUAGUAUUUCAAACUCUACUCUUAAAUGCUAUAUAGACCACUUUUUACCUUUGGCACUAAAAUGUCGAGAAAUGUACGAAAAUGCCUUAAAAGCUAAUGAUAAAAUAACUGCCAUUAGUUAUGAUCUUCUGGAAUCACAAAUUUGGUCGUUAUUGGCUAGUUUUUGUUCGAAUCCUUCUGAUAUAUCCACAUCGUUUCGGAUUAUUGCCAGAACUAUGGGUACUAUGUUAAGUUCUCGUAAGGAGUUAAGAGAUACAAUUCUUGUGUCAUUGAGGAAGCUUAUAGCUUCAGUUUCUAAAAAUGAUGAUGUGCCUGAUGAUAAAGAACAACUAUCUUACUUUGCAAAAAACUUUUUACCAAUCUGUUUGAAUUUAUAUACUAACCCUGCUCACGGUACAGACGAACAAGCUACUAGAUUUUCUGCUUUGGAAACAAUCAAAAUGUAUUUAACAUUGUCAGACGAUGAAAUAAAAGAACAGUUAUUUAACAAAUGUUGUGGUAUGCUGGAUAAUUCUAAAGAUUCUGAACAUACAGUGAUAGAAAGCAUUCUGGAUAUUAUUGGAGUAUUAGUACCUUACCAAUCUGUUAAAACACUGAAAUCAUUUUUUGAUUCUCGAAUUUCUAAAGCCAAACAAUUGAAAAAUUUCAAAGAAGAAAAAAAAUAUUUUAGGAUUCUGGAAGAAAUAUGCAGUUCUAAGUCUCCAACAUGCAAUAAAUUUGUAAAAAAAAAUUUUGAAAACAUACAAAACUUCAUAUUGUCAACAGCUCAAAAUGCUGCCGCUACUAGUCGUGGGCCUCGAUUACGAUGUUUAGCACAUCUCUUAGAUCAUACUGAUGAUGACAAUGUGAUUCAAAGUAUAUUAACUCAUCUCCCUGAAGCUGUACUUUGCUGUAAAGGUUCCACCGUUAAUAAAAGAUGUCGUGAAUGUGCUUUCGCAUUGAUAAAUAAAAUGGCUUUAUUAGCAAUUAAAGUUGAGAAUGGCUUAGAAAACUUUUUAAAUGCUCUAUCAGCAGGAUUAGCUGGUUCAAUUCCAAUGAUCAGUUGUACAAUUUUAGCAUUAGCUUCAGUUCUCCACAACCGUAAAGAUGAACUUAACUCAACUCAAUUUGAAACAAUUUUAAGUAAUAUUUGCUUACUUAUUACAACUGGAACUAGAGAAGUGGUUAGCUCUGCUUUAAGCUUUAUCAAAGUUAUGAUUACUUCAUUCUCUGAUGGUCUGAUGCCCUACCUUUCAACAAUUUUGAGUUCUCUUUCAAAAAUGACAGAAGAUUGUAAACGAAAAUUUCGUCAGGAAACUAAAAGUAUAUACCAAAGACUGGUACGUAAAUUUGGUACACAACUUAUUAUACAAAUGGUACCGAAUACUGAUUUUCAAACACAUGUACGCUUACGUGCCAUAAAUAAAGAAUCUGAACGAUUAAAGAGAAAUAAAGAAAAAAGAACUAAAGAGAAAAAUAAUGAUAAAGUUGAAGUUGAUUUUAGUCUUAAGACAAAACCUAAAACAUUUGAGGAGAUUUUAGCUGAAUGUGAAGAAGAUGAUGAAUUAGAAACUAAUUUAAAACAAAAUCAAAAACCUAAACAAGAAAAAGGCAGAAAGAAAAAAUCCACUGAUAAUUAUUUGCACGAAAGUGAAGAUGAUAUAUUAGAUUUUACUGAAGCAACUUCAAAUAGAAAAAUUUUGAUGACAAAACCUAAAAGUGAACAUAAUACAAAUCUUCAUAAGUCAUCCAAUGUUGAUGAUAGUAUAAAAACUGCUCCUGACGGACGCCUUAUAAUCACAGAUGAACCUCAAGCACCAACAAAGUCUGAAGGUAUUGAAGAAGAGGAUCUUGAGGACAACUUCAGUGAUGAUGACAUGCCAUCAAAAAAACGAUUAAAAUAUACUCCUGGUGGCAAAGGUAUUCAUCGAUCAUUAGAUAAAAAUUUGGAAAAAGGUAAGAUGAACAAACAAAUGAAGAAGAAUAAAACACAAAAUGAGCCACAAGGAUCAUACAACAAAAACAAAGGAAAGAAAUCUAAUGGAAAUGUUCGUCCAUUUUCUUAUACAGAUUUCAAAAGUUAUGGAGCUUCAAAUAAAAAAAAAAGAAAAAGAAAUUAGAAUAUUCAUAAAUAAUUCAGAACAUUGUUUUAUUGUUGAUGAUUGAUUAAC